AUGGGAGCUCGUUGCUCCAAGCUAUCUCUUUGCUUCUGGCCGUCCAACAUCAAAUCCAAUCUUAACGACUCUUCAGACAUAGAGAAUGGGAACAAAAAUGAGAAGGACUCGCUGCCUGGGUUCAGUGAGUUCACCUUGGACCAACUGAAAGCUGCCACGUCAGGAUUCUCGUCCGAGAACGUUGUCUCCGAGCAUGGAGAGAAAGCUCCCAAUGUGGUUUACAAAGGGACGCUCGACGAUGGCCGUUGGAUUGCUGUUAAGCGCUUCAACCGAUCAGCUUGGCCCGAUUCGCGCCAAUUUCUGGAGGAAGCUAGAGCUGUGGGGCUGCUCAGGAACGAGCGUUUGGCGAAUUUGAUCGGGUGCUGCUGCGAGGGUGAUGAGAGAUUGCUUGUGGCUGAGUUCAUGCCCAAUGAAACUCUCUCAAAGCAUCUUUUCCAUUGGGAGACCCAGCCGAUGAAAUGGGCAAUGAGGUUGCGAGUGGCUUUGUAUCUUGCACAAGCUUUAGAUUAUUGCAGCAGUAAAGGGCAGGCAUUGUACCAUGAUCUUAAUGCUUACAGAGUCCUAUUCGAUCAGGAUGGGAAUCCCAGACUCUCCUGCUUUGGUCUAAUGAAGAAUAGCAAAGAUGGGAAGAGCUAUAGUACCAACCUGGCUUUCACCCCUCCAGAGUACUUGAGGACAGGAAGAGUGAUACCAGAAAGUUUGGUUUACAGCUUUGGUACCCUGUUGCUUGAUCUGCUCAGCGGGAAACAUAUCCCUCCAAGUCAUGCACUUGACCUGAUACGGGGCAGAAACUUUUUGAUGCUGAUCGACUCGUGCUUGGAAGGUCAUUUCUCAAAUGAUGAUGGGACUGAGCUGGUGAGGUUAGCUUCACGAUGCUUGCAGUAUGAACCUCGUGAGAGGCCAAAUGCCAAGUCUCUUGUGACUGCCCUCAUUCCUCUUCAAAAAGAAACUGAGGUUCCAUCAUAUGUUUUGCUGGGUAUUCCGCAUGGAAAUGCGCCUCUGAAUCAGACAUUGCUAUCACCGCUAGGUGAAGCUUGCUCAAGACUGGAUCUUACUGCAAUACAUGAAAUACUGGAGAAACUUGGAUACAAGGAUGAUGAAGGGGUUGCAAAUGACCUUUCUUUCCAAAUGUGGACAAAUCAAAUACAAGAGACAUUGAAUUCUAAGAAGCAUGGGGAUGCUGCAUUUCGAGCUAAGGAUUUUGUUACCGCGAUAGAUUCUUACACAGAAUUCAUUGACGGUGGGACCAUGAUAUCGCCAACUGUGUUUGCUAGACGUUGCUUAUGUUACUUGAUGAAUGAUAUGGCACAAGAAGCUCUUGGAGAUGCUAUGCAAGCCCUAGUAAUAAACCCUGAAUGGCCCACUGCCUUCUAUCUUCAAGCAGCUGCCCUAAAGAGCCUAGGGAUGGACAAUGACGCGCAGGAAACUCUAAAAGAUGGAACGUCGUUUGAAGUAAAAAAAAGUAAAAGCUGA